CCCAACUCCAGCCAUGCCUCUGCGCCUGGACGAUCUGGAGGAACUCGCUCCGCCGGGCUACGAAAGCGACACUUCAGACACCGCACUGCCGACCUGUGAGGAUCUACGGCUGGACCGCCCCGUCACAAGAACACCGCGAUCGGCCCAUGCGAGGAGAAACGGCCGCCCGGUGAAGGCGCUGAAUAGACCUGCGCGCGCGAUAUGCCGUAUCCUCGCGGCACACGGCUGGAGCAACCCCGCGCUCGGCGCGGUUUUCGGCGUGUCGGGGGAGACCGCGCGCCGCGCGGUGCGCAACGUGCUGUAUUCGCCCCGGGACCGCGUGGAGGAGGACUACGACCGCGUCGAUCCGGAGUUUCGGGUCCUGUACCCGCCUGUGGGGGGGAGCAACAACGGGUCCGACACCAAGAUUGGGCCAAAUUUGCGUGCGUACAGACGAACCGACCCAGCCGUCGAGGAGGACGAUGACGCCGAGGAUGACGAGGAAAUUCAAUGUCUCGGCAUCAAGCGGAGGGGCCAAAAACCGCAACCGCCCCAGGCCAUAACCGGAAACCAAGACUCUGACACCCAGCACCAGCGCCCAGCGCCCAGCCGCCUCGCCCAAUUCCUCCAGUCCGUUCCCGACGUCAACCUCACGCAGCAUCUUUCAUUUCUCGAGUCCCAAGGCCUCAACUCCGCGAACCUGCACACCGUGGCACUCUGGCCGGCCGACGCAAUCCAGCACAUGAUCGAAGUACUGCUCCUCGGCACCCCGCCUGCGCGCGAUGGGCGGCGCGUGAACGGGCUGACCGCAACCGAGGCUGUGUGGCUUGAGGUGGAGCUCCGGAGGCUGAGGAGGAGCGUGGGUGGGCUUGCGCAGCCGAUGUCCCCGCCGUCGGGAGCGACGCUGCGCCAGUUUCUGCGCAACGUCCUUGGCCUCGAUCUCUCAUGCCACCACGAUUUGAUUGUUUCACAAGGCCUGGACGGGCACAGCAUCCGCACGUUGUGCUUGGCGGAAGUUGUGCCGUUGUCGAAACUCGGGGACAUGACCCCGCUAGAGGUUUUGGCUGUGGAGAUAGCGAGGAUUUGGUGUGGAAACGACAACGGGGCGAAGAGCUGAUGCGGCCCUCCGAUCGAUGAUGCAUACCAAGUUUGUCUGGCACAACGACUCCGAAUCACAAUUCACUUAUUUUACACCUUUCAAAAUACAUUCGGAGGGGGAGCAUUUCAGGAGUCGGCUUGUGAUUCCGAGGAUCAGUGCGCGCUUGUCGCCGACUCACCUCUUCAACGGCAGCCGAUCUGGAAGCCAAUCGAGUUCGUUCCCGGCGCUGAGAUGCAUGCAUUGGCCGUGUUGCAAGUCACCGGCACAGCCCACUCGUUGUGGUUACAGUUCGCAGGGGCCUACCCCAGUCAGAGUCCGUCUUCUUUCGCCGCACGGACGGGCGACUCACCCAAGUGUGGAUGUUGGCGUCGCUGAGGCUGUUGAAACGGAUGCUGUUGACGCCGCUGAGCGAUCCGCCGCUGAGGCACCCGUUCGACGUGAACGUCCCGCUCGAGGAGCCCAACAGCGACUGGCAGUUGCCGUCCGAGAAGUACGCGAUCGAGUAGCUGCUGGCGUGCGCCUGUCCCGCGGCGAGAAUCAAAGUGGCUGCCGCGAGGGUCGAGAAAGAAGACUUC